CCAACACCUGUUUCAGCCUCACUGUCUGCAGCCCUCUCUACCAGUCAUCACCAUGGCAACGGAAAACACAAACACAUCAACCAAAUACAAGAACAUAAUUUCCCGAAGUGUUCUGAUCCAACCAGGACCUCCUGCUGUCUACCAGCUGAGACCAAAGAAAGAGAACAUUGGAUCUCUAAGAAGAAUGACUCUCGGUGAAAGAAAUGUGAACAAGAUAAACAAAACCAUCUUGCUUGUGGGUAAAACAGGAGCAGGAAAAUCUACUCUGAUCAACACUCUGGUCAACUACGCCAUGGGAGUGAAGUGGGAGGACAAGGUCUGGUUUAAGAUCGUAGAGGACGAGAAAGACGAGGAGAGAAUCCAAACACAGAGCCGGACAUCAGAUGUGAUGGUGUACCAGAUCUUUGGUUUUGAAGGUGAAACUCUGCCCUACUCUCUGACCAUCAUCGAUACUCCUGGAUACGGAGACAUCAGAGGGACUGAACAUGAUGACAUCAUCAGUCAAAGAUUAUUAGACUGGUUCGACUCAGAGGACGGAGUUCAUGAGAUGAAUGCAGUGGGUCUGGUGGUGAAAGCGAGUGAGAAUCAUCUGAAUGACCGACUGAGGUACAUCUUUGAUUCAGUGGUGUCUCUGUUUGGAAAAGACAUGGAGAAGAACAUUGUUGCUCUCAUCACACACUCAGAUGGUCUGAUACCUGAAAAUGUUCUGAAAGCUCUUGAUGCUGCAAAAGUGAAGUGUGCCAGAAAUGAAAAGAAUCAGCCUGUUUACUUCCUGUUUGAUAACUGCCAGGACACAGAGAGAACACAGGGAUACAAGACUGUUUUAGAGACUGCAUGGGAAACAUCAAUGAGAGGAAUGAAUGAAUUUACAUACUUUCUAGAAAAAUCUGGGCCUCAAAAUGUGAUAAAAACUGUUGAAGUUUUGAAGGUACGCACCAGACUGACAGCCUGCAUCCAAAACCUGAAAGAGAGAGUUGAGUUCACUGAACAAAAACAGAAAGAAAUCCAACCGAUUCAGGAAGCUCUGAAGAAACAUGAAGAAGAGAUGAAGAGAAAUGAAGAAUUCACUGUAGAAGUUGAUGAGGUCUACAAAGAAAAAGAAAGGAUCAGAGGUGGGAGGUGGGGGUUGGUGUUUUUUAAAGGAGCUGUCUGCUGUACAGUCUGUGAGGAGAACUGUCACUAUCCUGGAUGCACACUGGCCUGGUAUCCUAAACACUGUGAGGUCAUGAAAGAUGGCCGCUGCACUUCAUGUACCAGGAAGUGUCCUGUAUCAGAUCAUGUGAAAGAAAAGUGGAUCUAUGUGACCAAGACAAGGAAAGUUCAGAAGACCCUGAAAGAUGUGAAAGAGAAGUAUGAAAGAGGUAAAGCAGGAUGUGAGGUGUCAUCAAGCCUUUUGGAGAUUUUAAAAAAGCAAAUGGAAAAACUUCAGAAAGAUAAAGAUCAGCGGCUGGAAGAAUCCUUCGAGCUUGUUGUCAGACUGAAUCAGAUCGCCCUGAAUGCUGAUUCACUGUCCACUCAUGUCCACUUGGACUUCCUGAUUGAGAAGAUGAAGGAGAAAGGAGACGCAGAGAAGGUCCAGAAACUGGAGGAGAUGAAGAGUCGAGAGGAUGAAGGAACCAGAGCAGGACUGCGGUACAGAUUCGGUAAACUAUCAGUGAUGUAGCAGGUGAAGACUGUGGUGUAUUACAUAUGUGCAUUUGACCAUUACAGUUUAAAAUAACACUCUAGCAGCUGGAUAGAGGCUCAAUGAACUCUUAAGGGGGGAGUAGUGAUUGAUGGUGUGUAAAGAGUGAACCCUCCUAUGGAAUUUGACCUCUGACCCAGUGUUAGGGAAAGUAGUGAUUAGUGUUUAUGAAGGUACUGAACCCUUCUAUGGUGUCUAACAGAUGUUUACACUUAUCCUACAGCACUGUGCCCUGAUAUGGAUUAGAGCUUUAGAUUGCAGACUCAGACCCUUAUAUGUUAUUUAGCAGAUACCUAAACAUAUCCUAUAUAAGCUGUGUUUGAUGUACAGAGACACAGAGUGGU